GCUAAAGUUGCUUGGUGCAGCUGACGAUUAAAGCACGGAGUCCCCGGCUUGAGGGCGCUAACUGGGGACAUGGCAUCUAACCACCAUACAAGUUUAGAGCAAUGGAAGAAAAAAGCAGCAAAAGUUGAACUGAGUGAAACUCAAAAGCAAGAAAUUAAAGAGGCCUUUAACUUAUUUGACAUAAAUGGGUCUGGAACCAUAGAUGUGAAAGAAUUGAAGAUUGCAAUGCAGGCCUUAGGAUUUGAACCAAAGAAAGAAGAAAUUGGACAGAUGAUAAUUGAAAUUGACCAAGAUGGAGUUGGUACCAUUAAUUUUGAAACUUUUUUGGUCAUUAUGAGUGCAAAAAUGAGCGAACGAGAUGAAAAAGAAGAAAUAUUGAAGGCUUUCAAAUUAUUUGAUGAUGAUGGUACUGGAAGCAUAACUCUAAAUAACAUAAAGAGGGUUGCCAAGGAACUGGGGGAAAAUUUAACAGACAGUGAACUUCAGGAAAUGCUCAAUGAAGCUGACUGUGAUGGAGAUGGAGCAAUAAAUGAAGAAGAGUUUUUGAGAAUAAUGAAAAAGACCACUCUUUACUAGUACAGUUUUUGAGCCUUCCGGAACACGACAAAUAUAUUUAUAUUCUUUAUACAGUUUAAUAAUAUAGGGUCUGAAUAUUUAUCUCCAUCUUUUGUUAAUAUGCACAAAUUAGUCUCUUGAGGUCCACGAGAAGUUACAUUUUUCUAUUAAUAUAUUUCUGAAACAUCAGCACUGAGAAACAACAAAAAUUUCUUUACUUUGUGAAUCCAUGAACAGCACUGAAAACUCCCAGUUUCCAAACAAUAAGGGCAUUUUUUAAAGUUCAUUGAAGUUGGUUCCACAUUCAAAUUGAGUUUGGCAAACAGUCUGUUGUUCUCCCUAAUUUUUUUUUUUUUUUUGCUGUUCAACUCUAAUAAAGCAGAUCACCAUU